GGUGGUCUGAUUCUCAUAACCUCCCCCUCUCUCUUCUCUUCCUCCUCUACUGGAUCCAUGAUGGAGGAGCAACAAGUGGUCAAAAACAAGAAGAAGUACUAAACCAGAACGUUAUUUGUUUAUUUGUUUGUUUGUUUAUUUGUUUGUUUGAUUGAUUGUUUGUUUAGGAGCGAGGAGAUGAUUUCUGACAGCCGUCAGCCUCCUGCGCUCAUGUGUGUAAACCUGCGUGAGUCACUCAGAGAGGAGGAAGAGACUGAGGAGCGUCUGAGUGGGUGGGGCUGAACAGGAUGAGGAUGAUGAGGAGGAUGAUGAUGAUGAAAGGGAGGAGAGAGAGAGAGAGAGAGAGAGAGGGAGAGAGAGAGGGAGGAAGGGGAAGGGGCUGUGAUUCCGUGUGUCAGAUCUGGAGUUGGUGGUCGGCAUCAUUCCCAGAGCAGGAUUUGUAAAGGAUUUGUGAAUUGUGAACGGAAGAUCCCAGAAUCCAGCCAGAACUCCAUCAGGAGGUUUUUUUUUUUCUUCCUCCACUUUGCUCCUGGUUUCUUUCUUUUAUUUCCGUGUUGGUUUUUCCAGCGUGUGUGUGUGUGUGUGUGUGUGUGUGUGUGUGUGUGUGUGUGAGAGGAACCUGGGGGAGAACCAUGUCGCUGUGGAUGGGAAGUGAGAAGGCGGGGAGGGAGUGAGGACAGGAUGGCGUACACACAGCUGGAACCCGUCAAUGAGGGUCUGCUGUCUACACUGACGGAUCUCCUGCUGUGCCGCUGGUCGUGUCGAUCAUGUUGGCAGUGGUGUUGGGAAUGUAGCUGCUGUCAGACCACUGAGGAGGAAGUGGAGAUUCUGGGGCCGUUUCCUGCACAGACGCCCUCCUGGCUUGUUAAUGACUGUAACAAUGAGAAAGAGUCGAACUCUCACCCGGUGUCGCGUGAUCACGUCCCUCCGGCCCACAACAACAUCACGGACAGCAGCAGUCCGAGCUGCACCAGUCCCGGCAGCCGGGGCUCCGGCUCGGAGAACUCUCGCUCCACCUUCAGCCUCGCACGCCAGCUCUCCAGUCUGGACUCGCGGCGUCCCAGCUCCCCGCUGGUGGACACGAAGCCCAUUGAAUUCUGGGCCAUGUCCCCGAGGAAGGAGGCGGUUCAGCCCCUGCGUAAACCGCAGCCUCCCCCGGACGACUAUUUCCGCAAGCUGGAGCCGCGACUGUACUCGUCCGAAUCCGGCGGAGAUGACGUAGACUCUCUGAGCGACGAGGAGCUCCUCCUGCGCUACCAGCUCGGCCUCCUGCACUUCAGCACGCAGUACGACCUCGUGCGCUGUCAGCUGAUCGUGCGUGUGAUUGAGGCGCGGGACCUGCCUCCUCCCGGCGCGGGCGUGGCUCACUCCAACCCCUACGUCAAGAUGAGCCUCCUGCCUGACCACAAGAACUCGCGGCAGACCGGCGUCAAGCGCAAGACACAGAACCCUGUGUUCGAGGAGCGCUUCACCUUCGAGCUGCCCUUCCUCGAGGCCCAGCGCCGGACGCUGCUGCUCUCCGUGCUGGACUUCGACAAGUUCUCACGCCACUGCGUCAUAGGCAAAGUGACGCUCCCGCUCAGCGAGGUGGACCUGGUGAAGGGGGGACACUGGUGGAAGGCUCUCGUGCCCAGCUCCCAGAACGAGGUAGAACUCGGGGAACUGCUGCUGUCCUUAAACUACUUGCCGAGCGCCGGACGACUCAACGUGGACGUCAUCAGGGCCAAGCAGCUGCUGCAGACUGACAUGUGCCAGGGUUCAGAUCCCUUUGUGAAAGUUCAGCUGGUGGCAGGACUGAAGCUGGUGAAGACGAAGAAGACGUCGUGCAUGAGGGGAACCAUCGACCCUUACUUCAACGAGUCCUUCAGCUUCCGGGUGCCUCAUGAGGAACUGAGCGAGGUUAGCCUCGUGUUCACAGUUUACGGCCACAACGUGAAGAGCAGCAACGACUUUGUGGGCCGCGUCGUGAUUGGUCAGUUCUCCACGGGGCCGGCCGAGACCACGCACUGGCGGCGUCUGCUGCGUUCCCAGCGCACGCCCGUGGAACAGUGGCACAGCCUGCGGUCCCGCGCCGAGUGUGACCGCGUCUCUCCCGCCUCACUCGAGGUCACGUGAUCCUCACGCAGCACGCCGAUUGGUGGAGGCAGGAAGUUUGGACCAUUUAAUGGGCGGGGUUUCACUUGAAGGACAAACAAUAAGAAGAACUGUGGUGAUCUGAAUGGACUGUGGGUUUUGGAACCGGCUCGUGUUCUGCUCUGGAGUUCGUGAACUUUAUUCGGAAAGCUGGACUGCUGAGAAAGUGUUUUUCCGGCGACGCAGCUGAGCAUUUGUUCUUUAUCACACUGAUAUUAUCAUCAUGGAGAACAUAAUAACCUCAUCAUUGGCUCGGCUCAGGCUGAGAUCAGUGGGAUCAUUCCUCCUCCUCCUCCUCCUCCUCCUCCUCCUCCUGUUACGGGACGUGGCGUUGCUUCUAUUAAUCAGCUGAUUGUGGUUUUUUUUAAAGGUAUUUAGAAAUUAAUCAGUAAUAACGUGGCUGUUGCUUUCAGUUCCACACCAUAGACUCCAUCUGUGUGAUAUAAAAUUCUGUGAAAAUAAUAAGGCAUAAGAUCAUGAUGAUAUAUUUUCACAGGGUUUGUUUUUUUGUGACCAUCAGUGCAGGAGGUAAAAUGGUGAAAAGUGUCAUUACUGUAAAAAUAAGUGUCCAAUCAAAUCAGCUCCUCUCAUCCCCUUUAAAAUCAACUGUCCAAUCAAAUCAGCUCCUCUCAUCCCCUUUAAAAUUAACUGUCCAAUCAAAUCAGCUCUUCUCAUCCCCUUUAAAAUUAACUGUCCAAUCAAAUCAGCUCUUCUCAUCCCCUUUAAAAAUAACUGUCCAAUCAAAUCAGCUCUUCUCAUCCCCUUUAAAAUUAACUGUCCAAUCAAAUCAGCUCUUCUCAUCCCCUUUAAAAUUAACUAUCCAAUCAAAUCAGCUCUUCUCAUCCCCUUUAAAAAUAACUGUCCAAUCAAAUCAGCUCUUCUCAUCCCCUUUAAAAUUAACUGUCCAAUCAAAUCAGCUCUUCUCAUCCCCUUUAAAAUUAACUGUCCAAUCAAAUCAGCUCCUCUCAUCCCCUUUAAAAUUAACUGUCCAAUCAAAUCAGCUCUUCUCAUCCCCUUUAAAAUUAACUGUCCAAUCAAAUCAGCUCCUCUCAUCCCCUUUAAACAUAACUGUCCAAUCAAAUCAGCUCCUCUCAUCCCCUUUCAAAUUAACUGUCCAAUCAAAUCAGCUCCUCUCAUCCAAUUUAAAAUUAACUGUCCAAUCAAAUCAGCUCCUCUCAUCCCCUUUAAACAUAACUGUCCAAUCAAAUCAGCUCCUCUCAUCCCCUUUAAAAACAAGUGUCCAAUCAAAUCAGCUCCUCUCAUCCCCAUUAUAGUUAGCUUUUCGGAUCCACUUUAAAACUCCUCUUAUAUAACGUGUCCAAUCAAAUCGCAUCCUCUCAUUUUCUUAAAAAAAAAAAACAGGCAUCAACUUGAAUCGACUCUUCCAAUCAAAUCAACAAAACAACACAAAAGUUGUAACUCUUUCAUUCACAUGAAAACAAAAAAACUCUUGCACUUCAUGUUUGUAUGCUGAUUUCUCGCGGAGUGUUUAGUCUAGUAAACUGUUUCGUUUAGUAAUUCAUCCGUCUGGUUCACGUUCAGCAUUUCAGGAUGUGUGUAAAAAUAUCAGCGCAAAUAGAGUUCAAAUCUAGGGGGCGUGUCAUUGUGUGCAGUCACCUGACUAGCACGACUGUCACUGAUUGGCUGCAUGAAUCUACAGUCUGGGUGAGAAAGAAAUCAGCCCCAGCCUCAUUUCACACGUCUUCACAUCAUUCUGUGUGUUUUUAUUACGACCUGUUGGUGGUGCUGUUGCGCUCGCGUCCACAAAAAUCCUGAAUAAUCCAAAUUUAAGAGAUUUGUUAAGUGCGAAUAAUCUGAUGUGGAGCCAAAACGUAAACUUUAUAUUGAUGUUUGAAAGCAAGAAAGGAUUUAACUCUGCACAUUUAUACCAGCGCUUUGGGUGAAAAACGUUAGGCCCGAAAUGAAAACAUGAAAACAGCAAGCGUGUGAAAAUAUUUGCUCACUCCAAACUGAAUUAUUUAUAACACUAACUCACAUGCAAACAGAGCUCAAGACUUGUGUUGUCGUCCUUCAUUCACGUUCCCACAAGUGUGUUUGUCAACAGAGUGAAGGUUUUAUGUGUUUAAGUGUUUUUUAUUUUUUUAAUAUUCUCACGUGAGAUGGAAUUGUUUUUGGUGUUGGAGUUAGAUGAUAAAAGGUGCAGACGUCCAUGUCUGUUUUUAAUCUCCGUGUCGUAGUGGUGUGUCUCGUCCUGCCUCGUCUCUCGUCCACACGUCUGUCUGGCUCAUAAACGCGUUUAGACGAUCGGCGUGACGCUGAAAUCGCCGUAGCUUUAUAUCGUGGACGUCUCUUUACGCUGUAUGUUCCUCGUAGUGAAACUGUUCACACUCUGUAUGUGCAAAUCUCACUGUUAAUAUUUAAUUAAAGUAGAAAAAACUACCUUAGAAUAACGAAAAAUGUGCCAGUGAAGAUAUUUAUUUAGAUAAACUUAUUGCUAAACAUAUAGAUGUAUAUUUAUCUCUAAAUAUAAUAUAUAUAUAUAUAUAUAUAUAUUACUUACACUGUGUAUGAAUGAUAAGAACUGAACAA